UCCAGCUGAUAACACUGAUGAGAGAGAAGAGGCGCAGAACAAAGGAGACCCGACUACCAAGACCCACACUACGAGGUUCUCUUUCUGGAUGGAGAUUUCUUCAUGGAGACCCAGAACACCGACAUGACCCGAGAAUGUUCCCCGUGCUACUGAUGGAACCUAUAUGAGGAGAGAGGAAUUUAUUCUACAUACCAAGUCACAUUGUCUUCCACCCAGCUAAUGAAACAACCCCUGGGAAGAUUCAGAUCUGGCACACUGAUCCGAAGUCAGCACAGGGGGAGAUCCACGAGUGGGCGUAUGAGCUGUCAUGUGUCAGAAACAUCAGUCAGUUUCAGGCGUUGCAAGAAGAGAUUCAGCUCCACAGACACCUGCAGCACAAGAACAUAGUGCAGUACUACGGGGCCAAGACCGAGGGAAAUGUGUUCAAGAUAUUCAUGGAGAACGUGCCCGGAGGUACGCUGCAGUUCAUGGCCCCGGAAGUGAUCCAGUCGGGACUGAGAGGCUAUGGACCUCCCGCUGAUAUAUGGUCACUGGGUUGUACAGUGGUUGAAAUGGCGACUGGAAAACCGCCGUUCUAUGAACUGGGCGAUCCUAUGGCAGCAUUAUUCGUGGUGGGUAACUUCAAACGUCAUCCGGACGUCCCGGAGACCAUGUCUGCAGCUGCAAAAUGCUUCUGUGAAAAGUGUUUCCAUAAGGACCCAAAGUUGAGAAUCACAGCCGGCGAGCUGCUCUGGCACAAGUUCCUCAGGAAAGACCGGCCUGACAAGCUGGACUCGGGUGCGCCAGCUAAGAGACCAUCCAUUGAUGCUACCAGCACCCUAGAUGCUAAACUUUCCAAGUCACUCACCCUAAAAAUUGGUCAACAGGGGAAACCAGCAACUGACCUCAGAAGACUAAAAUCCACUCCUGUCCACUCUCCCGAACCAAACAAUGACUCUGAUGGUAUGUAUUACUGAUCACAUGAGUAGUCAUGUGACUGCACAAGGGCAUCAUGUGUCUGUCACGUGACUUGCAUAUCGUAUCACAUUUAUACAGCGGAUGAGCCGGACACGCCGGGAUUGGAUUAUGUACUGGGUGAGGGGGGAGAAGAGGGAGGAGAGGGGGAGGGAGGGACCCACCCCAAGCAGUUCAACCAGGUCAUGCUACAGGCUCAAAACAGGAUGGUGCUGAUUGCGGUCCUGUCAGACCAGAAAGAAAAGAUAUGUGAGGAAGUUUUGACUAAAUUGAAAGAAAGCCGCCCACCCAGAGUUGACAAAGGGCAGCUGCUUGUUGUUAUUAGUGCCCUCGCUCUCUUCGCCAGAAGUGACAGUGACACCGGCCUCGAAGAUAUUCUAGGUCAGUUGAAGAGGGAUUGUUUCCAUGACCACCACUUGAGGGACGACGUGGAGCUGAGCUGCAAGACAUUGAUCCCUGCCGCUGUGACAAUGGCCAACAAAAGACACGGGACAGCACCUCACGCCAUGUUUGCCAUUGAUGAAAUAGUACUCUGUGGAGUUCGUUCAAUCCUGGUCAUUGUCUCCCCUGAAUCGGUGCAGAGUAUUUUGGAAAAGAUUCCACCAACUCCGACGAAAUCUCCGUCCCAUACCUCGCUAACCGUGACGACACCCGUGACCACGCCCACCUCCAGCGUGGACGCAAGAGACGUACAGAGACAGCUGCGAACUGCUCUCGAAGAGAACCUCCAGUUGCUGAAGGACAUGAAUGAUGUAAUGCGAACGUAUGUGUUGGAGGUCAAAGGUCAAAUGCCGAGGCCAGCUGCGAGGAAGAAGGUGACUUUUCAGACGGACUCAGUGGAGGACGUGGACUCUGGGGUUGCCACGGGCGACAGCAAUCUGGUGGCCUGGUUGGAAGAUAUACAGCUGGAUCACGCCUCCAUUCAGAGAUUUGUUGCCGAGCAACUGACACUGAGUGAUGUCAGAGAUCACAUGACCAGGGAGGAUGUCGUUGACUUGAAGCUCAAAAUUGGACCCAGGUGUCGGGUAUGGGCUGCUAUCAGUGAGUACAGGUCCUCCAAACUAAACACAACAUAGGUUUUUGAUAUAUACUUCUUCAUCUUUCUAAUUUCUACUCCAUCCCGUGACAAAAGCCUAUAGUUAUACUUCUCCACUUCUAUACUACCUUUCAACUUAGUGCGUCUUCUUUCACCUUUCAACAUCACUCCUGUUAACAUCACUUCCAUAUCUUGUAUGUAUACGUGCACAGCUCCCAAUAUUUUCACCACGUGAUGCGAUUCCAUGCUUUUUAUUUUAUUUUAUAGUUCACACAUAAUAGUUUGCAUUACAUGUUGACAAAAAGAUCAUCAGCUUUAAUUAUAGAG